AUGAACAUUCGAAGCAUCAGCGUUAAGUUCUCUCAAAAUUUUAAUCGUCUUCAUGAAUAUUCGAAGUUCGGAACUGAAAGGAUUUUAGCGGGUUUACGAAAUUGUAAAUCAAAUCUUGGCAAACACAUCUCAGCAGCUCUCGGAAGUCGUGUCUCGUUUGUUGUGCCAAUGUCUGAUGUGCAUUUUGUGAAAUCACUUUUGAGUCAUGCUUGA